CCCCCCCCCCCCCCAACCCUCUCUCUCUGCUGACAGAGAGACCACUUGUACCGCCGUCACAACUGUGCCAAGAGACAGGGAGUCUUUGAAAGGCACCGAAGCGGACCCGAGCAGCAUAUAAAUCAGCGUCCCGGAGUGCGUCUCGCUGCUGGCACCGGCGAUAAAAGGCAUUGUGGCGAAAGAAUCGAGCGGAGGGAAAUUAGACUUUUUCCCGUUUGAAGAGCUGAGGACAGCAACAGUGAGAGGAAAGCGGAUGUAAAAGCCUGUUAUUCUUCGGGUGCGCACUGGAGAAGGAGGCGCAGGGCACGCAGCAUCCAUCGAUACGCACUUUGUGAUUAUUUUUAUUCAUUUAUUUUGCGCCGUUUAUGUGACAGGAGGAGGAGAGCAUUUGGGAUUAAGAGGCAAUUCUCCCGAACCCAACACCCCAUUUGUGAAACCAUGACCGUCGGGGUGUUGUUUUUACUUGUUUGUUCUGCGGUAUUUUUCAGCGGGCUGCGCUGCGCCCCGCCAAGGAGCACAGCGGGCAUGGAUGUCCCCGCCACCGGCUUCGGCGGCACGGGGGGCGGCAGCAGCGGCGAAACCGGCACCAAGAGAGAUUCGAACCAGACCAUAAUGUCCAGAAACAAAAGGAGAACUCUGGCCGUGGAUUUCGCCGUGCCUUCGCUGCUGCGAUAUUAUCUGGCGGAGUUCAUAAAGAGACCCCUAAACGGCGACUGUCAGAGUUUCAGCGGCUGCUACACAGUGCGCGCAAAUUUAAAAAUGCAGUGCAUUCCUCUGCAGAAAACCAUCGCGACUUUUGUGGAGCCUAAAUCUACAGCAGAGCAGGGAAACAGGACCGCGGAUGGACAGCUCCCCUUCUUCUACAAGCGCCCGCUGUCCAAAGUUCUGAACAUGGGCUUAACCAAGGCGAACAGGAAAUCCAACCAAGUGGUGGUGGAAAUAGGAGAGGACAUGAUCAAGAACGGAUGUGGGGGGCUGGCCGUGUACGAGGAGGACCCUGUGCUCCUGCUGGAGGUGGACCUCAGGGAGAUCCUGGAGUGGUGGCUUGGAGCGGACGGGGGCCGGCUCAGGGUUAGGCUCAUGCCUGAGAAAAAGGCGCAGGUGCCCGGGAUAGAGGAUCGGUACACAGCCGCCAUCCGAGCUGCAGAUCCCCGCCUGUACCUCCAGAUCUCCUCCCGGGGUGAAUCUCUGGAUAGCAGGAGCGCUGGUGGGAUUCCCCGAGGGUACUGGAGCUUUUCCUGGGUAGCCGAGGAUGACCUGAGGUUUCCAAAUGACACUGCGGCCAAGUCAGAUCGGCGCUGCCUUGGUGGCAGCAGGACAUGCGGCGUCCAGCAAGGCGAUGCCCCAGAAUUCACCUGGAGCAUCGUGGCGGCCGGAGACCAGAGAGAAGGAAGGAAUGGGAAAAGUGAAAAGAAGACGGAGAGCCCUCAUGGUUGGGAGGAAGGCCAGUUCCUCUGGGUUAACAGUUCAGCCUUUGGAGGACCCUGGGUUCUGAGCCCCUGGCUGUGGGGGGGCGAAGGGCCAUGCAGCCUGGACAUGGCGGUGUUUUUCCACCCCAAACAAACCGGACAGUACACCGUCUGGGUCAUAGAGCGAGACAAGCCACCUGUCGCCUUCUUCUCUACUGACACUCUGCCACGCAUCACAGGCUGGGCAGUGGUCCACCUCACCCUGGGGACUAACAGGGGCUCGCCUGUUCGGAUCUCAGCCAGCUACGAUCAGCGGAUCCCACAUGAUGACACUGCCACCGUCGAGCCUCACUUCACCACCAACUGCACUAUGGCGCCCUCACCGGGUCCAAACAUCACGCUGGAGGGACAGUACCACUGUUACCAGGGCCCGGCGAUUCCUCUGGACAAACUCUGUGACUUCAGCGCUGACUGUCCGCUCGGAGACGAUGAAGGCAGCCUCUGCCGACACUUCCUCAAUGGUAGCUACUGCUCUUUCGAAGAGGGCGAUUGCAGCUGGCAGCCGGUUCCGGGCCGCAGCCUCUCCUGGAGACGAUCCCCAUCCAAAGGAAGCAGACAGAGCUGCCCCUCAUCAGGGUCAGCAAUGACGAUAGAGAGAGGCCAGUCCAAAGGUCAGCGUGGCUUGGCGCUACUCAGGAGUCCUCUCUUCCCCCCUCCUCUGAGAAACUCUCCAUGCACGAUGAGGUUCUGGUUCUGCUCUGGAGGCUCACAAAGGGACUCGUUAUCCCUGUGGAUGGUGGAGAACAGCACAGGCCCAGAUGAGCAGCGCAGGCUGUGGCACUCAGCCAGGGAGCCCAAAUCCGAAAGAGGCUGGAGGCUCAUCACACUUCCUCUUUACGGGCUGGCAGACUGGUUCUGGCUCCAGUUCAGUGCCGAAGAUGGACCUGGAUCCGGUUCAACCAUCUCUCUCGACAACAUCUCUUUCAGCAUGAACUGCUUCCUGGCAUCCAAUGGGGAGUUUCCACCGGUGGCCACCAGCAUAACCCAGCUCCCGUUAAGACCUACCUCCAAGACUCCAUCGCCUUCCAACAGAAGCCCUGCCGUGAACCCCACCACCACAGAUUACCCCAAGAAAUGGAUUUUUCACACCUGUGGAGCUGUGGGUCCUGAGGGCCCUACUCCCACUCAGUGCCUCAACACUUACAGGAGCAGCAACAUCAACGUGACGGUCGGCACCCACGGGCCCUUCAAGGGGAUUCAAAUGUGGCGGGUCCCAGAAACGGGCACCUACAGGAUCACCGCCUAUGGUGCAGCUGGUGGGCGAAGCGUGAUGGCCAUGAGCCGGUCACAUGGCGUGUACAUCACAGGAGACUUCCUGCUCAGGAGGGGCGAGCUGCUUCACAUCCUGGUGGGACAACAAGGAGAGGACGCCUGCCCCAAUUCCAACGCCGUGCUGAAUAAGAUCUGCCUGGAGCAGAGCAGCCGCAUGGUGGACCGAACCCAAGUGAAAGGAGGCGGAGGAGGAGGCGGUGGGGCGACGUAUGUGUUCAAGGUGGACAGGGGAGUUUACAUCCCUCUCAUCAUCGCUGCUGGCGGAGGCGGCCGAGGCUACAGCAGCCAAUCAGAAACCCAGCUGGAGCAGAUGGACUAUGACCCCAGCCAACCAGGACGCAACGGGAAGUCUCACUCUUCAGGUGGAGGUGGAGGUUGGAAUGACAGCACUCCCGUCAGCCAGGGAGGCCGACCGCUGGUGUUGGGAGGCCAGGGAGGGCAGGCCUGUCAUAAGUUCUGGCAGACCCGCGGUGGCUUUGGGGGCGGAGGGGGUGGAUGUAUAUCGGGAGGCGGCGGCGGAGGCUACAGAGGAGGGAACACCUCGCUAAUUGACAACCCUAAAACCGAUGGAGAUGACGGUACAUCGUUCCUCGGUCCAGAUGGAGAGCCAUUCCUUUACCCUUUGAAAGCCAUGGAGGGAGACGGAGAAGUGAUCAUCAGCCCCGUUCAGAACUGCAGCCACUGCGAAAGCGGCGAAUGUCACGAGAGCGAAGACAGCAUCAUCUGCUACUGCGACGAAGACCUCGUCCUGGCCGCAGACGGAGUGUCCUGCAUCAACGCUUCGGAGGCGACCCUGCUGCCGCCCCAGCCGUCUCUCUCCCACCUGGCCCUGGGGCUGUCUGUGGGCACCUCGGCACUCAUCGCCGCCCUGCUGCUGGCUGUUUCUGGAGUCAUGAUAA